CCCCCCAAAUCCCCCCCGAAAUCCCCGGAGCAGCCCCAAAACUCCCCGGGCUCCCCACGGAGCCCCCCAAAACCCCCGGAUUUGGCCCCAAACUCCCCGGAGGAGGAGUGGGGGGUGCCCUGGAGCGAGGAGGAGGAGGAGGGAGCCGAGCCCCCCGGGGGUUGGACCCCCCAGCCCCAGGAGAUCCGGCGCCUCUUCGAGGGCAUCGCCCGCGCCGGGACCCUCCCGCUCCGGAACGUUCCGUUCCCGCGCCGCCAGCCCACCCCGGAGCCCCCCAGCCUGCCCGAGCUCGGCGCCGACGCCGACGCCAGCCCCGGGGAGGAAGCACAGGAGGAAAAGUGA